UCCGACUGCAAUGGCAUAUCGAUUCCGUCUGGAUCUCGCCCCAACGUCCCCCUCCACUACUUAAAUACAUCCACCCACCGUAUGAUCGAGAAACACAAGUUCCUUGAAGGCAAUCGGUCCGGGAUCGAUGGACGGCGCGGUCCUAGAUCCUCCUGCAGCUUAUGGCUACCUCGACGACGACGAUGUCCUCAUGGCAGAAGAGGAUGAAGAGGACCAUCAAUCUGUAAGCGAUGAAGCGGUGGACGAAAAGGAGGAGUACCCGUACUUGAAUCCUCCUGCUUAUGGCUACCCGGACGACGGCGAGCGCCCACCCUUCGUUCUCAUGGAGCCAUACGCCUACUUCGCGGACCGCGACAACGCCACCACCGCCUCUUGCGCUAUGAGGGAUCUCGGUGGCACCCUCAAGGUCACCUUCUGCAUCGCCCACCCGCCGCUCGUCUCCUACAUGUGCGUCCACGCCACCGCCUUGGACCACACCGAAUUCGCCGUCGAGCCCCACAUCAUCGCCACGGAGACCGACGGCGGCCUUGUUCUCCUCCGCCUCGUCAUCGGUACUGAUCCAUCCGAUAUUAUGGUACACUCGGAAAGAGAAUACUUCAUGUACGACGCCAGCGUCCCCUCGCUCCAGCACCUCCCGCAUCCCGACUACCAGCACCAAUUCAAUGACCACUCGGUUGCCAUCGUGCGCAAGUGCAAGAAAGGCAGCCAAGUCACUAGCAAGGAGGAGCACGACUGCAGCAACUGCGACUACGUCCUUGCCGCACAAUCUCGCGGAUUCGGGUAUACAAAAUCUUCUGCACUCAUUAUGUAUCACUCUGAUACAGAAACAUGGAGCAACGUGCCGGUGGUACUUUAUUCAUAUCCAAAACACAGAACAUACAAGACACUCACCAUAGGAGGAGAUAAAGGCACAGUGGCCUGGGUUGAUCUUUGGCGUAAGAUCAUGUUAUGUGAUGUGCUUGACAACCGCCCCACCCUUCAUACCUUAGAUCUGCCACCGCCGAUAAGUCUUACCAGCUAUCUGGGCUCUGGCAAUCCACAGUCUGUUCGGGACAUUGCCGUCGUUGGUGGCUUCAUCAAGUAUGUCGAGCUGCAGUAUCGUCGUCUCGAGGGAGACAUGUCCUCCACUUUCUAUACUUGGAAGGUUGCAGUAUGGAGCAUCAACACUGUGAGCUACACCUCAGAUGAUUGGCACAUGGAUUACCUCCUCAAUUCCACUGAAAUGCCGGAAUCGUCGCUGCCUAAGCUGCGUGUUGAUGAGGGUACAGCUCAGCCAACCUUGUCGACUCUCAACAUUGGCCUACCUAAACUGAGCCUGCAAGAUGAUGGCAUCGUUUACUUACUUGCCAAGAUUGACUACCGUGACAACACCCACAUAGCAUGGGUGCUUGUUGUUGAUAUGAGGAACCAGACUGUCCAGAAAGUUGGUGAGUUUAACUCCAUGAGAACUCUUGGUUUACAAGAAGGCUACUGUGCAAGUAGGAUCUCCAAAUAUCUGAAAGGUGCUUCAGGUGCAAAACAAAACACAAGAUGCUGAUUUUGAUAUCCUCUGUGGUGAUUGAUUUGGGUGGUGUAAAAGAUGAAAUAGGUUGCAUGGGAGCUGAAGAAAAUUAUGACCUGCGAAUAAUUUUGUUUUUCUUGGAGCAUAGUGGCUUAUCAUAUUUCACCAUUAUGUCUAGAUUAUCCUUUGUCCAUGUCUGUCUUCUGUUUGUUCUAGUAUUAGGGAUAUAAAUGAUUCCUCUAGACCUGUUCAGGGGGUCCUUUAUCUCUAUUUUCUCUCGGAACUUUCUGAGUAUUAUGUCAGCUGGAUCACACUUUGUAUGAACUAUACUAUGUCAGUUUUACCACCAUCCGUUUUCAUUAUUCUCUUUUUCUUUUGUUAUUGUUAAUAACAUCACAACUUGUGGGUGUCUUUCGAUA